AUCUGGAUCCUUCCGUUUUGAUUCGUAAGACGCGAGACACGCUGUUGAUAAAAAUAGAGGAGCGCGCGCAUACCUUAAUCGCAGCCGCAUCGCGCGCUUAUUUGUGUCAUCUUAAUGUUACGCGCCACAGGCUCGAAUGUCCCAACAAGAACAGCGGUAGCAGUGAGCUGCAUUUUAUUGAUUCAUUUAAUUGAUUCAGUCUGCUUGGGGUGGAUAUUUUUAUUUGUCGUGUUGUGUUACUUUUAAAUGUGAAAUUAUGGUAAACAUUUAUUUUCCAUUGGGAUCGUUUAUCGUUUGUAAAUAAGCCUUAUUUUACAGCUAAACAGUAAACGCAGACGUGCUGACAGACACGUAUUUAAAACUUGGUAGCAGCUGUAUCUAGUUAUUAGGGAUGAGAAUCGUAAGGGAUUUGAGGAUUCCGUUCUUUAACGUUUCCAUGAACUGUUAUUUUAGUGCUUUCGAUGAAUAAACAUUUGGGAGGGGGGAAAAACUGAUUGUAGGAUAUUUACUGCUCUUGGCAGUAGGUUGCCAGAUGAUGAGAUUUCAGAUGAACAAAACGGAUAACAAAUCAGAUAUAAUAAUAAUAAUAAUAGUAAGUGAAAUUAAUGUUACUGCAAAACGUGUAUAACAUUUUUAGAGGCGACAAAAAAAAGAUAUAUGUUGUCCUAUGUAGGCCUACUCAUAAAAAUAGCCUACUAAACAAAUGUAGCCCUAAAUGUGAAACGUGCAUUAAUUUAAAAAUGCCACUGAUUUCAUCAGUUGUCAUAAUGUUUAGCCUAUCACGUCAUUUACGUAUAACAUAAUAUUUGCGUUCUGUAAGUGACUAACAUACAUUAAUCCAAUAAGAGAUUCAUAGGUGUUAUUGAUUCACUAAAAGAGUCGCGAAUCGGACAACCCUUGCCACGCUGUAUGUUGGUUCAUUUAAAAGAACCGACUCACAAGAGUCAUUCAAUCGUUCACUGAAAAAUAUCUGUUUUUACGAUUCGUGAUUGGCUAUUUACUUCUCUGCUGUAGCUAGUUAUUUUGACAAACACACUUUUUCUGUAUUGUAUAAAAUAAAGAAUGUUAUAUCAUAAAAUGCACUUAGAAUUAACCUAUAAAAAUAAUGAAUACAGUUCGAACAAAUUAGUGUAUUUCUGUUUAUAGUCAGUUGUGAUUUUAUUAAGUAGCACAUGCUGCACUGCUGUGAUUAUUUAAAUGCUAAAAGAAAUGCGUAAAGGGGUGGACAGAUUUAACUCAGUGUUUUGACGGGUUUGUUGCGCUGUUACAGUAAGAGCAGUAGUAAAGGUGUAGCCGUGUAGUCACUUUCUCAGUGCCUGUCAGCCCGAGGCCCCGCCCUUCAGCGAUUAUGCACAUAUAUCCCGGAGCUCCGGGAACGGAGCGAAGCGAAACGAACCGGGACAUUACUACCGAAAGCGUGCGCACAUACAAGCACGGGUGUCAUUCCAUGCACCAAACACUCAGCUCCCCUUCCUCAACGUCUAUCAAAACACAUCUUGCGGACCCUCUCUCCGUCACAUCCACGGCUUUAUGGCCGCUACGCUUCUUACGAUGAGCGCCUCGCUCGCACCGGGACAAGAUGACUUUCUCUCGCUUCUCAAACCCUCACUAUCCGACGGCUUUCAGGAGGACUCCUCUCUGUUUUCAUUUGAAACCAAGAAUCCCGACACGGAAAGGAUCUUAUCAAACGACUAUUCUCAGGCUAAACUAGAGAUGGAUAAAUAUCUGUCUCCACAACCUGUGGCUCUCCCCGACCCAAAGAAGUCAAGACGAGAGAGCUUCUCUGAAAUGGACCAGUUUUUCGGGGACGACCACGGGUCCCCCUACAGCAUUAACAUGAAUGUCUUCCUCCCCGACAUCGCUUAUUUAAGAACGGGGAUGUGCCGGCCAGCACGGCCUUCGGCCCCCAGCCAGAUCAAAACUGAACCUGUAGUGGCGCCUUUCUCUCAUCCCGAGUGUUCGGUGAGCUCGACCGGCCCCGUUUCAUCUGCGCUGCCCAAUUUCACCAGCAUCUUUAACUCGAAUUCCACUUCGGGAUCUGAAAUCAAUGCCAUGGACGAUAACUCGGGGGUCUUUGUCAAGCAGGAGAUGCAAGGCUUUGACAUCCCGCAGGAUGGGCCACUUUUCCAGCUCCUCAGCUCAGAGCUGGACGUCCCGCAUCAAGCCGACUCGCACUCCCACCCUCACGCUCACUCUGUGCCCUCACAGAUGGCUACUUUCCACGACCUGCACUUAGCGACCCAACAGACUGCUGCCAAGACGUACUGUGGCAUGUCCAGCUACCCUCUCGGCCCGGGCCACUUUGUGCAUCCUCAGGGUCAGGCCCACUCGCAGCUCAAAAUGCCGUAUCUUCCCCCCUCGCCUCCUACUUCAGAACCUGGCAGUCCUGACAGACAGAAGGAAAUGCUUCACAAUCUGACACCACCACCAUCUUAUGCCGCCACUAUCGCCUCCAAAAUGGCUGUCCCUGCACCCAGUCACCCAACACCCACCUCGACACGAGCUCCCGCCACCAUUGGGUCCAUGCCUGUCCGUUACAACCGAAGAACAAACCCAGACCUCGAGAAAAGACGGAUACACCACUGUGAUUUUCCAGGUUGUAAGAAAGUUUACACCAAGUCGUCCCACCUGAAAGCUCACUUGAGGACACACACUGGUGAGAAGCCGUAUAGGUGCACGUGGGAGGGCUGCGACUGGCGCUUUGCUCGUUCCGAUGAGCUGACGCGUCACUUCAGGAAACACACGGGAGCCAAACCCUUCCAGUGCGCCGUGUGCAGCCGCAGCUUCUCUCGCUCCGAUCAUCUCGCCCUGCAUAUGAAGAGGCACCAGAAUUAGACACCAAUACACACUAACUGCAAAAUCCACAGAUACUUAUUAUUAUUAUUAUGCACUUGAAGUGAUAACAAAACGACUUGUAUCUUUCUCUACACCACGACGAACCUUAUAAUGUUUAGGGUAAUCUUCUCUCUCUGACCUGUCGAGAGCUGUCGACUGUAAACUGAAAAGCUUUUGAUAUUACCACGAAAUCUAGUUUCCUUAUUCCUCUCUAGUUAGGAUGUAUAAAACACAUUUCCGUUAGGACCCUCAUCUCAUUUUGACUUUAAUACAAAUAAGCUGUGUUUGUACAUGAGACUCGGCUCUCGUCCUCUAAUUGGAAGAUGAAAUGUUUUUAAACCUUAUGAAAUGAAUGGAUUCGUUCUUGUACAUCUGCAAAGCACUAAGACACAACUCCCAUUUUACUUUGCACUUGAAUUAGACUGGAAAAGAUGAAUAUCUAUGUAUGAUAAAUGCUUUUAAUAUAUAUAUCACUGGAAUAGUUACUGCUCAUACCGGGGUUUCAGGUACAGAAGCAAUUCCCUCUUUUUAGCUUUGGAUGAUAAUGUGCUGCUACUGAACAGCAAUUAUUUCAUGAAUUAUUAAACAAUGGUAUAGCAAAAGCAAUGAGAGGUGGAAAAGGGCUUUAGACAGCUGUGUGAUUUGUACAGUCUCCUUUAUCUACACAGAAGCAUGCCGAGCAUUUGUUUUCCUACUGUCAUUGAUGCAUAAGCUCAUAUGAAUGUACGAGACCACAGUGACUGUUCUUUUGAACACAUUUCAUCUUAAAGUGCCUUUUCAUGAUUGUUUUUUAUCAGCAGAACAUGCUUAAAUUUUUUGUUCAUGAAAAGACACAAUAAAAAUUCAGCAGGAUACCAUUAUUUCACCAUUACUGCAAUUUGGCUGCCUUUCAUACAUUUAAGAGAGGGUUAAAGCAUCAGCUGGUUCUUUCUUGUAAAACCGAUGUAUUUAUUGCAUUGGCUUUGUGAAGUGGAAUUUGACAAGUUUUGUGUAAUUGAAAUGCCUUAAUGUAAAUACUAUGACAUUUUAUUGUACUGUAAAUAUUAUUUUGAUUCAUUUUGUUGCUCUGUUCUUUUUCCUUCCUUUUUUUCCGGAAAAGGAUCAUAGUGCUCUGGAUUGUGGCUGUGUGACUUUUUGUUGUUUUUAGAUUUUUUUUUUUUUUUACAUUUCACUUAUUUUGUAGAUUCUCAGAUUAUAUUUCUAAAUUGGUUGUCCUCUUGACAAAAUGCUUUUUUUGAAAUGAAACAAUAAAAUCAAUUUUAGAAUUUUUAA